UGGCGAUAAGGUGCAAGAGAAAAAUGUAUUUCAUAUAUUUGUGACACAAAUAUUAUAUUUCUUUAAUACCUGUGUAGCUAUCUAAACAUCUCUUAACAGCAAAGUUAAUGUCUAUUACUUAUGCCUUGAUGUUCUGCCCUGGUGAUGUGGACCAGGCAAGAGUAGCCGAGCGCAGACAUCAUCCCCAACCCCCCUAUGUGUAUAUUUUUUUAAUAGUUUGUGAGGAAAAACAGUCAACCAUAUCCAAAGUGCAGGACCAAAGAGAAGUAAAUAAUGUAUGCUUUUAUUAGAUUCUUUGAAGACGAUAUGUGCUACGCGUUGCCCGUUUCAAAUGUCGAAGAUUUCAGACCUCUGCACAAAACAGAUUUUGAUAAUCAGAAGGUGUAUCUGGUUCACAGAGCUGAAGAGAAUGGCAGCGCAGGCCAGCCGUGCGAAGCACAGAUCCUUGCCCUUGCAGAUACAGUAGAGGAAUUUGAAGACAGUAUAAUGCAAAAGAAGAUGAAAAUUCCCAAGAUGUCCAUCAAGAAUUCAGAAAACUCAAUUGAGAACAGUUUUGGAGAGGAGAGAAUGCCACUCAGACAUAAAAAGGCUCUGUCUCAGGACCAUGGACGCCCCCUUUCCAACUCCUCCAAGAGCCUGGCAGCAGUAGUGGCUCGCUUGGAGAGAAAUGCAGCCAACUCCUGUAUGGAAGGCGAAGAGGACCUGGAUGAGGACCGGCUGGCUGAGGAGGGAGAGGAUGCGGAUGACGAGGAUGAAGAUAUGGAGGCAGAGCAUCAGCAACAUCAUCACCAGCAGCAGCAACAACAGCAUUUGGAGGUGGACGUGGAUUGUGUGUCUGGGGUAGCUGCAGCCGUGGUUCCCAGAGUCCUGUAUGAGGAGCUGGUUCAUAGCUACAGGCAACAAGAGGAGGAGAUGAGGAGGCUGCAGCAGGAACUGGAGAGGACCCGCAGGCAGCUGGUGCAGCAAGCCAAGAAGCUGAAGGAAUAUGGCAGCUUGCUGACAGAAGUCAAAGAACUGAGGGACUUCAACAGGAGGCUGCAAGACGUCCUUCUCAUGAGACUGGGCAGCGAGCCUAUGCAUGACAAUGGCACUCAGACAAUCAAGGCUGAAGUAGCUGAACCUAUUGUUGAGGCCCAGGAGACAUGCAGAGAAGAAGCCAACACCAGUUCCAGCUACUCACCCUCACCCAGAACAGUAUACACCUGCAAUGAUGGAAAGGUACACCUUGGUGGAGGGAUCUGGGUGGAGGAGGAGAAGUGGCACCAGUUACAGCGGACCCAGGGAGACUCCAAGUUCACAAAGAACUUGGCUGUAAUGAUCUGGGGCACAGAAACCCUCAAGAACCGUAGUGUCACUGGAGUGGCCACCAAGAAGAAAAAAGAUGCCCUGCCCAAGCCUCCGCUGUCGCCCAGCAAACUGAAAAUCGUCAGAGAGUGUCUCUACGACAGAGUGUCUCAAGAGACAGCCGACAGUGCAGAAAUUACGCAGAGAUUGUCCAAAGUGAACAAAUACAUUUGUGAAAAGAUAAUGGACAUCAACAAGUCCAUCAAGAACGAGGAGCGACGGGAGUCCAAGCUGCUCAUCAGACAGACAGUCAAGAUGGAGAACUUCACCUACGAUGGCAUGUAGUGAUCAACUGUUGUCACGCCAGCGCCUUCUGCCACCCCACCUCCCCCUGGUCCACAGAAUAUUGAGGGGACUUGAUAUGGGUGGUUGGGGGAUGUUUGUCACCGGUUCAGGAGCAGUUGUUUUCCUUUGACACAUCGGAUUGGUUAUUAUGUGAAACAUUCAAACAAACAGCCCCCUUCCCAACUCCUUAUAAAUCAACCGUCACCUUCCUCGGUGCCCAGUUCCUCGUUGGCUGGCAGACAGCUUUACCCACCAGUGAGAAGUUAAACACGUGUGAGCUAGUUUGAUAUGAGCUGGUAUGAGUGUUUUUAUAAGCUUUACAGUGCUACUGGUACAGGGGUGUGGUUUAUUGACGUGUGCAUUUGUGUCAAAGGGAGAGAUUAGAGGUGUUUGUUAUUAAUUGAUUUAUUGUUCUGUGUCAGAACAUAAUUUUCAGUCCUUAAACUUUUAAAAAGUAAGAGAUUAUUUCCCUGGAUUAAGUCUUCUGAUGCUACGAAGAUGCUUAGAUUAGAUCGCAGUCGUGUGAACGGUUGGAUAUUAUGGUGACUACCCAAUAAUUGCUGAGUGUUUGCUGUUGGUACUUACUGCAUAUAAUGGGACAUCAGGGUCUCAGGUGCACAAGUCUUAAUUAGUAACAGCCAUACUGCAUUUUGCAACAGAGAUUCUGUUGCACCAAGAGAUUAAUUCCUCCUCCUUAACUGUAGGCCAAUAAUGACACCUCACUUUCUUAAAAAGAGCUCACAGAGUUUAAUGUGAAAUUUGACUCUGAUGUAGAGUCUAUAGAGUGUUAUAUUUGUUCUGUUUUUUAUGUUGACCUUCUAUUUCUGAUCGUUUGCCGUCAAUGAGAGAGCAUGAGGAAAGGCUUUGGUGGGAUAUUCCUGUGUUACUCUUUAUCAAUCAUGUCACUUUCAGACAAUUUGACUGUUUAAUGAGUUCUAGUGGUACGGGCAUGUUGUUGCCCAGAAAGGCCUUAAAUGGAUUCGGCAAUCACCAAAAGCUGGUAUGCUCUUGGGUUUUCUUGUAGGCUGUGAUUGUAAAUGUAUAGUAAGCUGAAGUGAUGAAGCUUCACCUGCACUUUGCUGUGAGAAUGUAAGAGGUGGUAAUGGGUACUUUUUUCUGUGUGAUUCACACCAUUAAGGUGAGCUGAGCUGGGCUACUUGCUGUCCCUCGUCCUGUAUUUAAAAGAUGCUGUGCUCCAUGGGUCAGUGUGGGGAAGAAAAUCAGGGCACCGCUCUGUACGGUUCAGGUCACCUUGUGGAAGCAGUGUUAGCUGUGGGUAAAGCUGUCUGAAACACUAUUGAGCUGUUUAGGUUCAAUAAACCCCCUCUUUUUAAAGCCACACCUCUGGGGAACAAAGUAAGGAUGCUCCAGCAGUGACAAUUUCCUCUGAGCUAUGCCAUGUGAACUUUGAAAAUGUCCUCUUUUUCUUGUAUAUAUAUAUUUUUUAUGUUUUUUUUCCCCUCUCUCUCCAGUUGUUUUAUUGUUUUGAUCCAAAAUGGUUUGUGUGGCUGUCUGCAGGCUGGAACUAAAUGCUGCAGAUUGAAAUCUCAACUGUGACCUAGCUGUGGCUAACUGUGAAUCUGCUGCAGAGCUGCCUUUCAAGCCUCUCUCCUCUUCACACUCUAAAUUCUUGUUUGUCGGUUGGUUUAUUUCUCUUUAUCAUUUUGUCUGUCUUGUUUUUUUGGGGGUUUUUUUUUUUUUUUUGGUCAUUUCAGAACUUCAGAUCAGCCUUUUGUUAAGCUACCUUAUGUUUUGGAGAUAUUUUCGUGUACAUAAAAAAAACUUCUUUUUGUUAUUUUCCACCAAACAUGGAUAUUUCACUUUCUAGUCACAUUACAUGUUACAAUUUUAAAGAUUCUGGUCAAGUUUUGGUUCAUCUAAUUGAUGUUGUAACGUAACCUGACGAUUUCUUGUGUUUCUUUUUGUUUAUUUUUCAUUUGAAUUGUUGGCUUUAACCUUGAUGUUUUAUCCAAUUGAUCAGAAUAAUCUACAAACAAAUGUAAAAUUUAUGCCCCUUUUUUUUGGCCAAAGUGAUCUCUGCGGAACUAGAGAGUCAAGGCUUCCCUUAACAUCAGAUUUUGACAGAGCCCACACAUUAUGCUACAGUCACACCAUGUGAUAUGAAUUAACCUCACUUAGAAUCUACCUUUUAAUGAUCUCCCAGUGAGAUGAGAAUCUGUAUCGUUAAACUGUUGUACUCCAGCAACCGAGAUGCAGUAUUUAGAUUGACACAAAUAAUUUACAUUGAAUGCACUUUAAACUUCUGGGCAAUUUCUUCAAUCUUAAGGAAAUGUAUUUGUGGUAUUCAUCAUUCAUUCAUUUUUAGAUGUCUAUAUAGAUUAAGGCCUAACAAUCAUUGUAUUACCAUAAAGCACCUUAGAACAUUUUGGUUUAUUGUUUUUAGCGGCAAGAAUGAGUUAUGGGAUAUGAUUUUGUUUUGUCUGUCAGAUAUGCCCCUGAUACGCCAAUACUCCAAAGCAAGCUUGAUAGAUUUAUUUACAACUGAACAUUUUAAAUCUUUGAAGAUUUAUUUGGAGUGUUUAGAAGACCAGAUUUUCACAAGUCAGGCUAUGUUGAAACUGGAUUCUCUAACUCCAUCAUGGCCUCUCGAACAAUAAAUGGCUUGGCAGAUUGACAAACAAAAGUCAAGUCUUGUUGGCUUUCAAGCCCUAAACACGAUUACACCAGUCUAACGAUAUUUACCUAUGAAAUGUGCAAGCUGACUGGAAUAUGUGCUUUAACUUAAUGUGUGAAGAUGUUGGUUAUGUAUAGAUAUGACUUAUAUAAAGAUAAUUGUGUAUUUUUGCAAAUGAGCGGUAAUUGUAAGCCAAAGUAUAGAAAGCUGAGAUCAAGCUAAAGAAAAGGGGGGUGCUGACUGAGGAAUCAGCAGGGUUUGCACAAAGAAAUGGCCCAUGCCAAGUUAGUAAAGCUUAGUGAAUCUUGAGCUACCAAAGUGGUGACUUUUUUUUUUUUUAAAUUCCUAUGAAUAUCCCUUUUUUCAGUGCCCCUUAGUUUUCCCUGUACAAAGCAACUUGUGAGGUUUACGUGCGCUAGCAUGUAUUUAAAAUACAUGUGAUUUAAAAGAAAGAAAAGAUUUCUGCUGUGCAAAGCAACCAUGCUCAAAGUCUGACACAUUGUCCUGUGUUGUGUUUGUGUUUGUUUCUUUGUUGUUUGAUGCCAAAAGGGAGCGUGGUUAAAAUAAUGCUUUAAGAUUAGAGCAUUAAUAGAGCUAUUACAUCAUCUGAAAUGUUAACUUGCUUUCAAAGGCUGGUUUCCUGGAGCGCGAUUAAGCUUAAUCCUUUAACUAAAACCAUCUUUAGUGGAUGAAAGCUGUAUGGAAGUACUGUAUGUUUUUAACCCAGAUUUGGUUUAAUCUGUGAUUGCAAGGCCAAUCUCUGUCAAAUGUACCAAGUCUCUUGCAGAGGAGCAGUUUGGGCUUUAGCUGCGUAUUAGUAACAUGCACCAGUAUAUGACCUGGCAGAGCUGUUAACUGAUGGUAUAGGCUAGUUUUUGCUCUGUAACACUACACCAGACCUUCCAGUACUCACACUGUCACACUCAAGUAGCAAUAGGGACGAAAUCCAACCUCGCUGGCUUUGUGAUCCUUUUCUUGUGCCACCUCUAGCUCCUUACUCUCCUAACAUUUAUAUGGACUGGAUUUAAAAUCGCAAGUGUUUCAAGAUAAUAGCAAAUUUUGUCCUCUUCGCUUGGCGUUUUGGCUUACGUUGUGAACAUCUAUCAAAGUUUCAGAAGCGAUGGAGCUUUAUGUUGCUUUUCCACAGUUUGCUUGGGUAGCGGAGAUCAGUCCCAGCUUCACUGAGUGCAACAAGAUAAAUGGCUCCAUCUAGAAGUUUUCACAACCAAGUAUACACAAAACACAUUACUGUUUGAGCCUCAGAUACAAUGUCAAACUUUUUUCAAAUUAGAAAAAAAAAGAGAGAGGAAGACAUUGUUAGGCCUAUAUUUUUCUUAAGGUAUCAGUAACUUUGUAUACAAUCCACAAACCGGUUCUACUUCAUCUAACUUCACCGUCCUACCUCAUUGUUACUCUGGUGUUUGUUUGUCAGUGACUGUAAACUAUGUGUGUAUAUUAAAAAAAAAAUCUAUAGGAAAGGUAUACCUGGUUACUCUCAACAUGUACAGCAUAUAAAACUUGUAAAACACCUCAGUACACAAUAUCAUUCUUAGGAGAAAUCAGUUUUAUUACCUGCUUUAAGAUGCUGCUCUAAAGGGGUGUCUGCGUGAGGGCCGUCUCUGAGUAUAUACAGUAUCUUCGCUCUUUGCUAUGUCGUGCAGUUGAUCAGUGGUUGUGUUCUGUCUCUGUAUUGCAUUCUGAGAUUUUUACUGGUUGACGGUGCUACCAGCAAACAGUUCAAAAACUGAUCUGUCUAUCGGACCUCAAAUGGUGCUGUUUUUCUAUGUUUUUAUCCUCAUACAGCUAUGUUUUAUUCAGGUGUGUCAACCGCCACUAUCCCCUCAGCUUAUCAAAUUGUAAGCCAAAAUAUUUCGCAAAAUGAUAACCCUGCUAUUACUGUAUCAACUUAUAUGCUAUCCAUCCAAAUAUAGCAGAUAGUGAUUAUAUCCUCAGCUGUGAGUUUCAGAAGUACCUCAGAACUUGGUGAUUUUCAAUGGAUGCGUCUGCUUCUAGCACAUGUUGUCUAUCAAUAUUACAUUGUUGCAGUGUAUUUUCAGAAAUAUGCAUUUUUACUGGUUAGAUCAGGUUUUACUAUAUACAGUACAUGAUUAUCAGAUCACACAAAUAAAUUUAAACGAUACCACUGUUCACUGGUUGCAUACCUGAUUGUCACAAAGGAAAUCUCUGUUGGACUGGGCAGCGUAUUUUACAGUAGAAGGGGUCCUCAGCAAAACCAUGUUCUCUUUGACUCACUUUAUCCAUUUUGUUUUACCAAAGCAGGAUUCCAUUGGUAGUUGUAUUUAGGAUGGAAAAUAUCAAUUCAGAGAAGUUAUUUGGGAAAUUUACAAGAUAGAGCCACGUUAUGAAAACUGUUUUAGGGAGUUGAGGCCUGACAGCUUUGGAAUGAUUGAUUUCAUCUGUCCAUUCUGUGAUUCUCCCAUUGUCUCUUACUGUUAAAAAAUUAAAAUGUAAGUGUAAAAAACAUGAUAACAUAAACAGCAGCAUUCUGUUUUAGGACUUAAUUAUAUAAAAAGUGCAUUAUCUUUCUUUUACCUUGUGCAGUAACACCAAUGGAAUCUUUUCUGCGCCAAAGUGUUUGAAGUAUAUUGAUUUUUUUGUUUGUUUGUUUGUUUUGGGGGUGGAAAAAAACCCUGUCUAUCUGUGUGUGUGUAUGUGUAUAUAUAUAUACAUAUACACACACACAUACAGAUAGAUAGAUAGUUGUUUUGUUUUCGUUUUUGUUUGGUUUUUGGACCAUGUCCGUGCACAUGAAAUGUGCUGGGGAACUCCUCUUUACUGUGAGAAGUGUGUGUGUUCAAACACACAGCAGUUGGUGUCAUGGAAGCACUUAAGCCAUUUGUUGGACUGUUUCAUAACAGUUCAAUUUUAAGCUUUGCUCUGGUGCAGGGAAAUGAUCCAGAGAGUUUUGUGUGUAAUUGAAAUCCUAUGCAGGUGUGGAGUUGUAAUCAUCUGGUACCACAUCACUGUUGGGUGGAGGGCCAACCAGGGAGAGAUAACUGUGGAGCCUUCAAAGCUUUGAAUGUGUCUGCACAGCCUUGAGAGUCAAAGGGAACAACGGCGACAUGACAAAUCCGUACAGAAUUAUUUCAACAUUUUCAUGGAGUUGAAUCAAACUGAGAUCUACAGGGCUGCUUGGGUGUACGUCUGUAAUAGUUGUAACUGCAUUGCAAUGAUCAUUAGGGAAAGACAGGGUUAUUACUGUAUGGAGCGUUUCCACUUGGUAUGAUAAUGUGAAAAGAGCUUCAAGACUAUGGCAGUAAACACUCCCUCACCCUACUUCAGCCUCCCAGAGGCGACCCGACACAUACAGAUGUUAUACUGUAAGUAUAUGCGAUAGAGAGUGUACAUGUCUUUGCUAAACCGGCCACACCUCUGCUAUGCGAGCAACUCUUUGACGCUUAGCAUUCUGUUCUGUGUUUUCUCUUGCUGCAUUCAGGAACACCUGUUUAAUGUAUAGAUAAACAAAUAAAUCCAGACUUUUAUUCUAUCAGCA